AUGGCGGGCGGGCGGACCGGCAGCCGUGCGAAGAAGCGCAAGACCCGUGCGGCCGUACCGCUCUACACGCCACCGGCCAAGCAAGGGCCGAAGGAGGUCGCUGAUGGCAAGGAGCAACCUCCACCAGCAAAGAAGUCCAAGGCUGGGCCGAAGAACCCCAGCGCCGCGCUGGUCGUCGCGCCGGUCAAGCUGCCGCCAACGCCCGCUCCAGAGACGAACCCGCCAGUCGAGAUCUCGUCCG